AUGAACGCGCACGAUCCAUGGCUGCCGCAUACCAUGCCGAAACAUGCGCUCGCAGAUCCGUUCUACCAGUAUGCUGGGCCAAGCCAGGCCAGCGACUCGGCAUCGAUUCUUUCUGGCACGGGUUCUACAGGGUAUGCGGAGUCUGUCCCAACGCGUGUAGCGAGUAGUGCACCGCCUUCCCGGAGAUCUACGCGCUCGAAUGGAGCGCUCAAGACUGUUCAUUCGUACACAGGUGCGAAUGACACGCUUUUUGUACAGCUGCACACCCCACCACAGACGUCGCCUACUUAUAUGGGGGGUUCCAAGGAAAGAGAGAGCGGCGCGAUUCAUGGUCGCCUGAUUCUGCAUUGUACGGACAAGUCAAGGGUAGCGCAGGUGCGCAUGAAGCUCAAGUGCGUCGUAUCUAUUCUGGCGCCGCGGGCUUCACAGGCUACCAGCGGCACUGCGCCCAAUUUUUCUGGGCUCACGCCUUCGACGGCAUCGACGUCGUCACGCGAGCAAAUGCUGGUGCAGAUUGACUACAGCUUUAAUCCCAACGAGGCAAAGUACUGUGCUGCUAAAGGAGCUGCGGUAAGCAAAAAUACGACAGGACGGCUGGACCGCCGAGGAUACUAUGAAUGGGAAUUCCACUUGGAUACGCCUGAAAAAGGACCAGGGAAAAGCACUCUGGCAAAUGGCUUCCCUGGCGUGGGCACGUAUUAUCCAUCGAGUUAUGUGCUUGAAAGUGAUCCGAACAAAAAUGGAAAACGCGAAGAAUGGGCCAGCGUGAAAUGGUAUCUCAAGUUUACGCUCGAACGGCCGGGCCUGUUUCGUUCUAAUGACCGAGUCCUCAUUCCCUUUAUCUAUCUUCCACCACCGCCCGAUAAUGCUAGCUCGCUUUUGAUUCGGCGACAGGCUCUCUCUACACAAACGCAAAAUUUACUCAGUACGAUGUCUGGAUCCGCGAUCCUAAAAAAAAGCCUCUCUGAGCCGGUCUCUACUUGGAAGACGUUUUACUUCACGCUGUCGUCGGCUUCGCUGGGGCAACCUGUCAAGCGGUCCUUGGUCGACAAAAUGUUUGGCACAAAAAAGCCCAGAGAAGAACGCUGGGGUAUUUCAUUGCCUGGCAAACCAAUUCCCGCCUUCCCAUUACGUUCUAUUGUGCCAUUUGUUCUUACGCUCGUGCAUAGUGCAGGCGUUCCAUUGGUCGUGCACCCAGCUGUUUCGCUCAUUCAGACGGUCCAACUGCGCGGUCGAUCCAAUGCUACACACACAAAACAUAUUGCCUUGGCCAAGGUGAUGCCUUCUUCGCUGAACAAGUCAGGCAUGCAACAAUGGUUUGGAUGGGUUCAGUUCCCCAAAUGGUGCAGCCCCAGCUUUGAAACUUCGAUUUUAGGCUUGGAAUAUUUUUUACAGGUCAAGCCACUCAAUACACCUGAGGCGCAUGUACUCCAGACCAUCGCACUCGGUCUGUAUUGUAUGCCACCUCGACUUGCACAGCAGUUGAACACGGCUUCUGUCAAUCGUCAGGCGCUGCAACAAGUGGCUCGAAGACAAAUUUCCAACGCAAGUGCCCUUCGGCCUGAUGUGCCACUUCGCAGAGUUCCACCGCCUUUACCUCCUACGGUGACCUCUAUACCAGUGCCUGUACAGGAUGUGCAAUAUGACGAUCCACGACAGGCUGGUAUGGCUGGCAUCGGACGAGCGCAUCUGCAGCCACCUGUGCCAGCGGAAUCAGCUUCUGACACUGACUUCCAGCAGACUCAGACUGCACAUGAAAUUCCUCACGUCGAAGCCGAGAGCACUGGCGGCCAAGUUGAUGAGGCACCCGUGACUGAAGAGGAAUCAAUUACGAGUCAAAUUCUUGCUGAUCAUAUCGCGGACGAAGAUGGUUUGGUGCACGACGCAGGACCACUCACGCAAGAGCAGGAAGCCGCAUGGACCAUGGAUAUUCUCGCUAAUGCUAUGAACGAAGAUGAUGUGACCGCAGGCUUUGAUUUACCGCCAUCAUACUUUGAGGCGACGGGUAUCAUUGAUAAUGAGGAGUCGUAG